CCGCGCCCGACGGCUGGCGGCUCGUCGGCAGGAUAUGCGGCGCACGAGGAGAAGCGCCAGCCGCUCGCGCGCUGGAUGCUGUACGCCGCUGCUGGCUAGCGGGAUGGGGGCGAUGCUGCCGGCGCCAGCGUCAGUUGCAGCGACGCAGCCGCAGCGCCAUGCCGUUGGCUGCGCUGCCGGCACGCGGCGGGCGGAAGCGGGCAGCGGCACGGCGCGUGUAGCGUGGGAUGGCGCCCAUUCCCACGCACGCGAGGGGGUCCCGCCUCGCGCCUGCGCGCUGCGUCUGCGCGUGCGCUCCCCUUCCCGCUCCCGCUCCCGCUCUGCCGUGGGUUGCGCGCUGCAACUCGACAGCGCAGAGGAGAGCGCAGCUGGAGCGUUGGGUUUGUUCGCCUUCUCGUUGCAACGGACGCAGACGCAGCUGCGGCAGGCAGCACCCCACGUUGGCCGCGGGAUGCGCUCCCGUGCUCCCGAGCAACUCCGACGUGACGAAGCAGCUCUGACAUCGCUGCGGCUGAGAGAGGAGGGCGAAAUUCGCGCCCAGCGCCGUGCGGAGAGGGAGCGCAGCGUCCAAGGCCGAUGCCAUCUCGUACGACAAGCGUCGGAGGGACUCGGCGACUCUGCUUCUCGUGCGAGCGCUGCAGCUGCGAUCCGAUCACGCCGCACGACGCUUUGCAUGCCGCGCGCCCGCCGAGAAACGAUGCGUGCAGCGCUUCCCGUCGGCUUGGCAGCAGGCAGGCGCAGCGCCGCAGCCCCGCCGGCUGCCGGCCACUUGGCGCCGAUGCGCGAGAGGGGCCCUUCGAACCUUGGCCCUCCGGUUAAACCUGGCUCUGACCCUCCCCGCGCCGCAUGCCGCACGUGCAAUGCGCUGCACUGCGGGAGCGGCGACGACGCUAGGCCGGACGUACCAGAGACGUCUGCCGUCGGAGCCGCUCCCCGCUAUCAGGCUGAACCGAACUGCAGCCUGGACGUGUUCAUGCCGCAGGUGAGGGGCUCGAUGGUGGCGCGCAGGGUGCUGGUGAGUGAUGGAGAUUGCAAGCAGAUGCGCCAGAAAUAGGCCGCGUCUCGGCAGAAGUACCCGUCAGUGUGGAGAAACACCGUUGCUUGGCCCCUUCUCUUCUCUCUCUAGCGCCCAUCCCGGCACCACGCUCCCGUCGGCACCCUGGCGCUGGCUCAGGGCUUGAAGGUCACAUCGGAGAGAACUGCACGCGAGAGAGAGCAAGAUCAGCCGAUGGCAUGUCGGCAAUGC